AUGGUCAUUGGCGGACAGGACACCGACAUCAAGGAUGUUCCUUACCAGGUCGAGUUCGCGUUCAAUGGUGAAUUAGGCUGCGGUGGCGCCAUUGUCAACUCUCGCUACAUUGUGACUGCUGGUCACUGUGUCAGGGGAAGGACGGUCUCCCAAAUCACCAUCCGCGUUGGCAGCAACCAGGCCGGCCAGGGCAAGGUCUACCAGAUCUCCAACCUCCAGGCUCACCCCAAGUUCAAGCUCGACCCCAACACUGGCAUCGACUUCGACAUUGCUCUCAUCCAGACCCCUGAGCCCAUUGCCUUCAGUGACUCCCUCAAACCUGUCCCUCUGGUUGACACCAGUGCCUCCCUUGGCGACAUGGGCCUCCUCUCUGGUUGGGGUGCUACCACCACCAGCCGUCACUACCCCCAGACUCUCCAGUUUUUUAUCUGCGCCCUCAACCCUGGCGGCGGCAUCGGCUCCUGCUACGGCGACAGCGGCGGUCCCCUCGUUGUCAACGGCAAGCUCGCUGGUACCGUCUCUGGCGGUCUCGAGUGCGCCGGUGCUGAUGACCCCGGCACCUACGCCGACGUCGGUCACCCCGAGAUCCGCAGCUGGAUCAAGAUCACCGGUGUUUAA